AAUCUGCUCAAAGUGUAUUUAUUUAUUCUAGUGGUCCUCCUCUCGUUUAUUAUGUACAGUUGGUGUCAUGUGUAGACUAUUAUGUUAUGUGAGUGCUGUUGCGAAUUAAGUAUUAAACUUGUUACCGCUUUAAAAUAACAAUAACCUUGUUCAUGUUAUUACUUAUUAAUAACGCCAGCGUCAUGUUUGGGGGCGGUGCCUGGUGACGUGUUGUGGUUCAUGACACCUUUAUGUGCUCCUCGGAAAUUUAGCAUUUUACACAUAAAAUUCUGUUAUGUUUUUUACAGUAGCCUAUGUCAUGUUUUCGGAUGCAGUCUGUUAAUUACAGUUUAACAGAUUACUAUUUUUAUUUAGAGCGGUAUGGUGUCUUGAAGAUAAUGUACGAUUUUGUUUUCUGAUUUCCCCCGUUUGCACUGGAGGUGUUGAUUGUGUAUUUCUCCGUCAAUGGUCACAUUUUGAAAACUCACCCAUCACCUAAAACCCCAACUUAAUUAAUGUAGUUGUGGUAGGCCCUUUAAUUUGUUCUCAGGUUAUCGAUUGGUCAGCCCUCGCCGUGUAGUCGUCAUAUGUCCGAGGACGCGCUGUUGCCUGAAGCGGUCGGUUGACAGGAGGCUGUCCUUGGCUAGCCUAGCUAGUCCGAGCUACCCAAACAACGAAUAUAAAUCAUCGGCAUUAAGUCCAUGUGAAGAUGUCGGUGGUGUGACCGCGUGCCCCCCAUCCCGCUCACCUCAGGUAAGAGCAGAGGAUUGGACUAAUGUCAUUAACUCCAGGUGAAGAGGGGCGUCUAUCUCAGGCCGCCCCAGGGAACAAUACUCAAGACCAGUUUGUCGACCCCAUUGAGACCAAGGCUCCAGGCAAUACACCUGAGGAUCAGGUAUCCCCUGUGGUGGAUGAGGCCUCUCCUUCUUCCACAUCCUCUUUUGAGAUGCUUGACAUGGAGCCGGUUCCAGCUCCUUACCGAGAGGUGCAGCCUCACUGGUUCUUCUGUCGACGAGCUGAGGACAACAUGUCCUGGCUUCCUUUCAGCAGAGAAGACUCUGACAACCUAGAGAAUGCCUACAACACUUUAGGAGAUAAGGAGGAGGAUGUGGUAGUAGCUGUGGAUGGACAGCGAUAUGACGUACAUGUCAGGGAAAGGAAGCGCUACGCUGUGUAUUGGGAGCAAGCUCCCUCUGAAGUCCGCCGCUGUACCUGGUUCUACAAAGGAGAUAAAGACACGAGAUUCAUGCCUUACCCUGAAGAUUUCAGCAAACGUCUGGAGGAGGCCUACAUGAUAGCAGUCACCUUAGAUGAAUGGAAGAGAAAACUGGACUUUCCCACUGGAGAGACUGUCAUUUUACACAAUCCCAAGCUGAUAAUGCAGUAUCAGCCAAUGGGACUGCAGGAUGACUGGGUGUCGUCUCCCUCAGAGCAGACCAGGCCACGCACAGUCAAAAGGGGAGUGGAGAACAUCUCUGUAGAAAUCCCUGAUGGUGAACCAGAAAAAGUGGAUCACCUCGUCUUUAUGGUGCAUGGCAUCGGCCCUGCAUGCGACUUGCGCUUCCGAUCCAUCAUACAGUGUGUAAAUGACUUCAGGAGUGCUUCCCUGUCCCUCCUGGCCUCUCAUUAUAAGCGUGCUCAGCACGACGGACAGAUUGGAAGAGUCGAGUUCCUCCCAGUGAACUGGCACAGUGCUCUGCAUGGGGAUGCUACUGGUGUGGAUGAGGACAUCCAGAGGAUCACUCUGCCCAGCAUCAGCAGGCUGAGGCAUUUCACCAACGACACUCUGCUGGACUUAUUCUUCUAUAACAGCCCCACCUACUGCCAGACAAUAGUGGACACGGUGGCCUCAGAGAUCAACAGGCUGCAUGCCCUCUUCAGGCAGCGACACCCAGAAUUCAACGGGGCAGAGUCCGUUGUGGGACAUAGCCUGGGUUCACUGAUCUUGUUUGACCUGCUGACCAAUCAGAGGAAUGGAUCAGAAGCCAAAAAGGGGGUGCCUCCUUUUGAGCCCUGUCGUCUGUCCUGUGAUACACUUGAGCAGGCUCUGAUCAGACUGGGCCUACAGCAGUACCUGGAUACACUGCAGGCGGAGAACCUCGACCUGGAAUCACUGGCUCUUUGCCAAGACAGCGAUCUCAAAGAUUUAGGAAUUCCACUUGGACCUCGUAAGAAGAUUUUGAACUACGUCAGGAGGAAGUGGCUUCCACAGGGAUAUAAGUCAGGGGCAGUGCGCCAGGCACCAGGAUUGCAAGUUCCACCGGACUCAACCAGUGGUCGCGAUGAUAACCAGUUUUCAGGACUGACUCCUCAGCAGGCCCAGUUCCACAGAGCGCAGUCAGUCACCAGUGCCGUAGACUAUGAAUACUUCGAUGUUGGCAUCGGACAGACCAAUGGAGGCAUAGCCAAGGGACAGGUAUCCAUUGAUUACCCACAGCUGGCUUUCCACCCCCAGACGUUUUUUGCAUUUGGAUCUCCGAUCGGUAUGUUCCUGACUGUACGUGGACUAAAACUCAUUGAUCCCAACUACACCUUCCCAACCUGCAAGAGCUUUUACAACAUCUACCACCCAUAUGACCCUGUUGCCUAUCGGAUAGAACCAAUGAUUGUUGCAGAUGUGGAUGUGGAGCCCAUGCUAAUCCCUCACCAUAAAGGCCGCAAGAGAAUGCACCUUGAACUAAAAGACAGCUUGACCCGCAUGAGUAUGGAUUUGAAGAACAAUGUAUUGGGAUCGUUGCGUACAGCAUGGCAGUCCUUUGCCAGACUACCUGUAGCUGCACUGCCCCCGGUGGAGGAAGGAGAAGCUACACUAGAGACAAACCUCGAGACUCAGGCCACAGCUGCAGACACUGCUACGGCUAAGAGGGGAGACAAAAAUGCUGAUUUUUGGACUAGAAUACUGGAGUGGCCCAGGGCCCUUCAUAAGCAUUACUUCCAAGCAGUCUGUGAGGAGGCAGAGUCCUCGGUGUCCACAGAACAGGCCGAGCAGCCGGAGAUUAAAAUGGGGAUGCUGAAUGGAGGGCGGCGGAUUGACUACGUACUCCAGGAGAAACCCAUUGAGAGCUUCAAUGAAUACUUGUUUGCCAUCCAGUCUCAUCUGUGUUAUUGGGAGUCGGAAGACACAGCUCUCCUGCUGCUGAAGGAAAUUUACGACAAGCUAGGCGUGACCUUUGAACAGCCACAACAGUAAUAAAGUGAAAAACAAAAGAAGGACAGUUGACUAAGCCAAGAGGCUGGACAAUCCUCUUUCCAGAAUGCCUUACUGUCUGGUUGUUACCUGACUGCCACGGCCUCUCCUCCCCGUACAGUGGAGACUGUUUGAUUGUGAUCCUGGUUCACACAAAAGUCAGUCAACCCUAAUUUGAGGAAGCGGUGGCUCCUUAGCAUCGCCUGAACUCCCACUGCAGGAUAUGAGUUGGUGUCUGAUAGCUGUCUCAUCCCUGACAUGUUCCUGGUUGCACUUUAUUCUUUAUUUCUCAUUAAUUUGCACAUUAUCAUACUUACAGCUGCAGCUAGAAUUGUAUUGAAGGAAACUAUUAUACGAGUAUCAGUGCGCACAAAAAUACAGCUGGCAACAAAAAUAAACAAAAGAAAUCCUUUAUGUAAUUGACAAUUUGGCUAUAAUCUGGAAGUGUAAACUGUGUAUCUGUGUAAAGUUUUACACAUUUCCCAGUCCUAAAUGUAUUAUAGUUAAGUGUAAUGUAUUGAACAGGAAAUUUGUUUUUGAACUAGGAUCAUGAAGGCUGUAGCAUAACUCAAGGCCUUACCUCCAUAAAUAACCAGCGUAGGUUUCUCGUUUGACUAUGAGAUGUAUUGAUUUCUAAUUUGGACAAUGAAGGUUGAAGGUUUUGUCUGUUACAGGUUUUUUCUGCCAGUUACAUUCUCUCUGGGCAUAUGAAGGCCACUAAAGACCCAAAAGCUGCUACUUCUACAUGUGUGCAAUGCUGCAAUAAUGUUGAUGUUCUGACAUUUCACAAGACAUUGUCCUCUAGUGUUGUUUGUUUUGCCUUCUGAUCCCAUUUUUAUUUAAAUGGUGCAGUCAGAGAAUUAUGUCGGGACAGAAUUACUUCAAAUUCAGGCUGAAGUUCAAAAGACUAGCUGGCUGUCUUUUCAUGGUGUGUGUGUGUGAUUGUGUGUGAGUUGAAUAGAGUAUGUUAUAGCAGGAUGUAAACUGUACAGAAAGAUAACUUCUCCCUCUCUCUUCCAAGUCUGUGCCAUUCCUUAUUUACCUCUCUUCUUUCUGUUUGUUUACAGUUUAACUCCUAUAAUUUUAUCCAUGGCAGGAAUAUAUACUUUAUUCUCAAAUAUAUUACAACUGACAUCUCAUAAAGGCAGUCCUAACGUUUGCAUUUUUUUUAAGGGCCAAAAUCAUACACAUCUCUCUUAUCUGUCCCUGUGUAUCGGUGUUGUAAACCAGCUUUUCUACAUUUACUGCAUGCACUUCUUUGUUAAUUUACAGCAGGGUUUCUCCACAUAUUCUGGUCCUGACCCCUUUCUUUCUGUAGGUCUAAAUAUUUACACUAUUCUCACGACCACAGCAAUAAGAAUUUCCUUAUACGAAACAUAUAUUUUGAUUUAAAGAGCAUGACAAAUCAAUUAUAUUGAUGUCACAGAAGCAGUUUAUCUUAUUUAAUAUGUAUCACAGAUGCCAGUAUCUCAAUGUUAGAUUUGCACACAAAGCAACACAAGGUCCAGAAUAUAAAGUUGAGAAACUCUGUUAGAGUGGUUUUUCUUUAUAAAAGACUAAUUUGUUAUGCACUGUCAGGGUACCGCAGUCCCCGCCACCAAAGCUCUGAGUGACCUCUGGAUUUCUUGUUCGCACAAUUAAUGAAUUAACCUACUGGGGUUGUUCAUUUUCUUCCUUGAGAAAUGCACUGAACAUGAUAGAUACCAAGAAGAUGUUCUUUUGAUCCUCACAGUUGUCUCUGUUGUAAAGUUUUAGUGUCUAAACUAAAAACUAAAAUGUGGUUAUGAUCUUCAAGUCCUCUUCUUUACCAUAUAACCACUGUUUUGGCAUUUGAUACUAACAUACUGACACAUACCAAAAAAAAACACACACACAAAAAAACAAAUGUUCUCUUUUCUUAAUACAUACCACAUGAAUGUGGUAACAUGUUUUGUGUGCCAUAAUAAUAAUAAAAAAAAUGCAAGUGCCCUUGUUUUUUUAAUUUAUUUAUUUUUUGUCUGUUUUUGGAUUUGAACACACAAUAAACCUUGCUUAACCUGC